AUGUCAACAUAUCCUGCUGAUCUAAUCGGUUUGCUCCAAUGUGCGCGAAAGGCGCUCCGAAACGCAAAAUCCGGUCACGGUGCGGCGCUUGUGGAGCGGAUUUGCGUUACGGGCAGCCUCAGCCGCGGCACGUAUGCUGCAGGCUGCGAAGCUACAGGUCUGGAGUUGUUCCUUAACGUUGAUUUGCAAUUCAGUCCUCAUGAAGUAGCCAAAGCUCUCGACGCCCUUACAACGUCAAUUAGCUCCGGAUCCGAGUUUGCCGACGGGAACUUCGAAAUUAUUGAAGUGAAGGUGGCCGACGCGGAAUGCCGUGGCGGGCUGUGGGCGUGCCUACACGCCCGGCGCCGAUGUAACUUGCCUGAAGCCGUGGUGGCGGGAGCAAACCCGGGCGGUGGCGGUGGCGGAUCCGGCCAAGAUGAACCGGCAUCAGCGCCAGCGACUGCGGAAACAGCAACCGGGUCGGAUACCCCCCUCAUCCUCCAAUUGUUCCUGUCUGAGAACAUGACGAGUUCCGUCAGUGCGAGAAGCGCUCCACAGCCUAACGGGUGUGACAACGUUGAGUUGGUUCCGCUGGGCUUGAACUCGGCGGACGAGCACAAGGCCUGCCAGCAGCAGCAUAACCUGAUGGUGGCGGCGGAGCAACGCCUGAGGCGCGAGGCGCGCUACCGGAUGCGGCAUAGCCGCGCUGGCGCCGCCGCCACCGCAUCGUCCCCGGGGGGGGCCACGGGGAUGCCAGUGCCCGCGGCGGCCUGGGUCGCAAAGGCGGCCUGUGGCGUGACGGAGGCGCGCAGCGUUUUCUGGUCGCGCCAGCCUGAGGCGGCCCGGCGCGCAGCACGCGAGGCGCAUGAGCUCUGGCGCCGUGCAAUUGAUGCGGCGGGAAAGGGGGAAAAGGGUGGCGGUGGCAGAGGUGGAGGAAGUUGCAGCAGCGGUCCGGCUGAGCUGUGGAGUGACGAAGUAAUGCUUUUGUUGGACGUGUUGGUACUGCAUGGAUACCGGCAGCUUCACGACCAACGCGCGGAGCCGCAGCAACUGGACUCGGGAGCGGGGGAGGCGCCAACACAGGAGCUGCUGCCCGCGGCCGCGGCUGCGCCUGCGACUGCAGCAGGCGACGGUGAUGUUCUGGCACUGGCCUUCAAGAUCCUGUCAACGGACUAUGCCACCAGUAACGGCGGCAGCAGCAAUGGUGGCGGAAUGCGGGUCGCGCUUCAAGGAGGCAUACUAUCAGGGGAGGAGGAGUCGGGAGCAGCUGAUGCAGUGGCAGGUGCAGAGGGAGGCAGCGGUGCGGGCAACAGGGAGCGAGGGCUUGUGGUUUUGGAUCCGUGCUUUCCGGUACUGGACAUAUACGCGGCUGCGUGCGAGGUGGUGGGUGGUGGUGAGGGAGCUGGUGUGGGGCAGAAGCAGUUGCGGCAGCUGGCCGAGGCGGCGGCGGCAAUGCUGUCCGGGGCAAAAGGCCCUAGGGAUGCGAGUUUAAAAGGGGCAGCGCUGGGAGGCGCGGAGAAGGGAGAUUCUGGCGUCACGCAUGCAUGA